CGGAGUACGGUCGAUUACCGCUGCAGUCGUAUGGCUGAUUCACCCUGAGUAAAGAACCUGCAUUGAGAUCACACAUUGCAUUUACUGCCCCUAGCUGGCAGUCCAACCUUCUCUCUACUCGUCUAUAUUUACUCCCAUCGGACUCUGAUUAAACACUCGCCCAUCACCAUGUCUCCCGCCUAUACCCUCUUCGUGGGGACCUUCAUCCAGCUCCCCCGCACCAAGACCGGCGCGGACCACCAGCUGGCCAUCACCCGCGGCGCCCUCUGGGUCUCCAACACCGACGGCCAGAUCAAAGGCUUCGACUGGUCCAUUGCCAACGAGAAGGACCUCAAGGCCCUUCUCAAGACCAAGGGCUGGACCGCCAUCAACGACACCACCACCACCACCAAAAGCAAAUUCGGUGUGAAAGUAACCCUCGUCGUUGCCCGCGAGGACCAGAACGAGUUCUUCUUCCCCGGCUUCAUCGACACCCACAUCCACGCCCCCCAAUACCCCAACAGCGGCCUCUUCGGCUCCUCGGGCCUCCUCUCCUGGCUCCAAACCUACACCUUCCCCAUCGAAAAGUCCUUCGGUAGCACUCAGUUCCCCUCGAUCCCCCCACCCCAAGCCUACCGGGUGUACAACCAAGUCAUCGCCCGCACUCUCGCCAACGGCACCACCUGCGCCUCAUACUUCGCAACCAUCCACGUCCCGCCACCAACCUCCUCUCCACCCUCUGCCACGCGCGCGGCCAACGCGCCCUCAUCGGCCGUGUCUGCAUGGACAACUCCUCCCAAUGCCCCGACGACUACCGCGACGCCUCUCCGGAGGCCUCCAUCUCCGCCACCGAAUCCACAAUCGCCCACAUUCGCUCUAUCGACCCCUCCGCCUCCCUCAUCCACCCCAUCAUCACCCCGCGCUUCGCCCCUCCUGCACCGCCCUGCCCUAUCCCGUCUCGCCCAACUCGCCACCUCCACUUCUCCCCCAAUGCACAUCCAAACCCACCUCUCCGAAAACCUGGAUGAAUGCGCCCUCGUCCAUUCCCUCUUCCCAGAGUCAAAGGACUACACCUCCGUCUACGACCACUUCGGUCUCCUCACACCGAGAACUAUCCUCGCGCACGGAAUCCAUCUCUCCGACUCGGAACGGAGCCUCAUUGCGUCCCGAAACGCAAAGAUAUCUCAUUGUCCGGCCUCAAACUCCGCUCUUGGAUCGGGAAUCUGUCAGGUCCGUAAAGCCCUCGACGCUGGGAUCACUGUCGGUCUCGGAACGGAUGUAAGUGGCGGAUAUAGUUCUAGUGUACUUGAGACAGUGAGACAAGCAUGUCUCGUCUCUCGCCUCCUACCUCAGUUCUCUACUACAUCCACCACCACCACAGACUCCCCCACCCCCACCGGUACCAGUAGCGUCCCGAGAGAAAUCCUCUCCAUCGAAGAAGCCCUCUACCUCGCAACCCGCGGCGGAGCCUCUGUCGUCGACAUGGCGGACCAAAUCGGCGGUUUCGACCGAAACAUGUCCUGGGACGCACAGAUGAUCAAACUAGGGAAGUUUUCUCCCGCCGGACGAUGGGGAGAGCGCGGGGGUGUCAAUUCCGUGGUCGAUGUGUUUGGGGAUGAGAGUUGGACUGAAAAGGUGCAUAAGUGGGUGUGGAAUGGGGAUGAUCGGAAUGUGAGGAUGGUGUGGGUGCAGGGGAAGUUGGUGCAUGAGGUUGUUGGGGAGGGAGAGGGAGGAAGUAAAGGGAAGGGGUGGAGGAGGUGGGUUUGGGGGUUGUGGGGAUGGGGGUUGUUGCUUGGAUGGUUGGGAGGAGGGUCAGAGGGAGGAAUUAGGAAUUAG